AUGUCCAAAACAGGUGCUGUCGGUAUCGAUUUGGGUACUACCUACUCUGCCGUUGGUGUUUACCAAUCUGGCUCCGAAAGAGUUGAAAUCAUUGCUAACGACCAAGGUAACAGAAUUACCGCUUCUUAUGUCUCCUUCACCGAUUCCGAACGUUUGAUUGGUGACGCCGCUAAGAAUCAAGCCGCUAUGAACCCAACUAACACUGUCUUCGAUGCCAAGCGUUUGAUUGGUAGAAAGUUUGACGACCCAGAAGUUCAAGGUGACAUGAAACACUUCCCAUUCAAGGUUAUCAACGACAACACCAAGCCAAAGAUUCAAGUUGAUUACAAGGGUGAAACCAAGACCUUUACUCCAGAAGAAAUCUCCUCUAUGAUCUUGACCAAGAUGAAGGAAACUGCUGAAGCUUUCUUGGGUGGUAAGGUUACUGACGCUGUUAUUACCGUCCCAGCUUACUUCAACGAUUCUCAAAGACAAGCCACCAAGGAUGCUGGUUUGAUUGCUGGUCUUAAUGUCUUGCGUAUCAUUAACGAACCAACUGCUGCUGCCAUUGCUUACGGUUUGGACAAGAAGGAUGAAGGUGAAAAGAACGUUUUGAUUUUCGAUUUGGGUGGUGGUACUUUUGAUGUCUCUUUGUUGUCUAUCGAAGACGGUAUCUUCGAAGUCAAGGCUACUGCUGGUGACACUCACUUGGGUGGUGAAGAUUUUGACAACAGAUUGGUUAACCACUUCAUGCAAGAAUUCAAGCGUAAGAACAAGAAGGACUUGUCUAGCAACCAAAGAGCUUUGAGAAGAUUGAGAACUGCUUGUGAAAGAGCUAAGAGAACUUUGUCCUCUUCUGCUCAAACUUCUGUUGAAAUCGAUUCUUUGUACGAAGGUAUUGACUUCUACACCUCCAUCACCAGAGCUAGAUUCGAAGAAUUGUGUGGUGAUUUGUUCAGAUCUACCUUGGACCCAGUUGAAAAGGUCUUGAAGGACUCCAAGAUUGACAAGUCCCAAGUUCACGAAAUUGUUCUUGUUGGUGGUUCUACCAGAAUUCCAAAGGUCCAAAAAUUGGUUUCCGACUACUUCAACGGUAAGGAACCAAACAGAUCUAUUAACCCAGAUGAAGCUGUUGCUUACGGUGCCGCCGUUCAAGCCGCUAUCUUGACCGGUGACUCUUCCUCUAAGACCCAAGACUUGUUGUUGUUGGAUGUUGCCCCAUUGUCUCUCGGUAUUGAAACCGCUGGUGGUGUCAUGACCAAGUUGAUUCCAAGAAACUCUACCAUCCCAACCAAAAAGUCUGAAACUUUCUCUACUUACGCUGACAACCAACCAGGUGUCUUGAUUCAAGUCUUUGAAGGUGAAAGAGCUAAGACUAAGGAUAACAACUUGUUGGGUAAGUUCGAAUUGUCUGGUAUUCCACCAGCUCCAAGAGGUGUCCCACAAAUUGAAGUUACCUUCGAUAUCGAUGCUAACGGUAUUUUGAACGUUUCUGCUGUUGAAAAGGGUACUGGUAAGACCAACAAGAUCACCAUUACCAACGACAAGGGUAGAUUGUCCAAGGAAGAUAUCGAAAGAAUGGUUUCUGAAGCUGAAAAGUUCAAGGAAGAAGAUGAAAAGGAAGCUGAACGUAUUGCUUCUAAGAACGGUUUGGAAUCUUACUCUUACUCUUUGAAGAACACCACCAGUGAAUCUGGCUUCAAGGAAAAGGUUGACGCCGCUGACAUGGAAACUUUGGAAAAGGCUAUUGAAGAAACCAUCUCUUGGUUGGACUCUAACACCACCGCCACUACUGAAGAAUUCAAGGACAAGCAAAAGGAAUUGGAAGGUGUUGCUAACCCAAUCAUGACUAAGUUCUACCAAGCUGGUGGUGCCCCAGGUGCUGAAGGUGCUGCCCCAGGUGGUUUCCCAGGUGCUGGUGCCCCAGAACCAUCUAGUGAAGGUCCAACUGUUGAAGAAGUUGAUUAA